AUCAAUCUCAGGAUUUAAUUUUUGAGAAAGAUCAUUCAGGUACUCAACCACCCAUUUCGAGUAAUAGAUUGGUUGUUAUUCACAACACCCCUCAAGUUCAAAUGGAUGUUGAACAACCAAUCAAUGAAAUUCCACAAGUUGCUGAUAAUACUCUAGUAGAUCAAACUGUUCAACAACCGUCAGAUAUUGUUGAACCUCCAGUUGUACACUCUACUCCACAAGAGGAUAGUGUUACAACAUUAAGAAGAUCAACUAGAAUGAAGAAAUCAGCUAUUUCUAGUGAUUAUAUAGUGUAUUUACAAGAAAUUGACCAUAAUUUAGGAGCCGAAGAUGAUCCUGUUACGUUUUUACAAGCAAUGGAUUGCAGUAAAUCUAUUUUGUGGUACAAUGCUAUGAAAGAUGAGAUGGAAUCUAUGAAGAGUAAUGGAGUCUGGGAUCUUGUCAAGUUACCUAAUGGGGCAAAGGCCAUUGGGUGUGAUGGUAGUGAGUUCCAUCAUGUGAUUUGA